CUUUGGCCUCAAUCUUCAAUAGCUGCCCUCGGCAUCGACAGCCCACACUCUGCGGUCGUGCAGCCAAGCAGCUGUGAUGACAAGAUGGCCUCAAGUCAUGUGCUGAUGCUGCGGACAGGCUCUGGGGUCGCUGCGAUCUCGGAUCUACUCGUGCUUGCUGGGCUUUCCCGCUCCACCGUAUCCCAUCCGCCACGAUGGCCACCUCUUUCCAAGCCGCUGUCUGCCGGACAGCCGCAUUCAUCCUUGCGCCGAUACUCGAGAGCUCGCCCCGGCUUUGGGUCUUCGUCAUCCCGGCAUCAUUCGACAGCGACAGCGACACCAAGGUCGGAAGCCCCUGUUGCUCCAGGGCAUCCGCUUCCCAAGGCCAUCGCGGAUGCAUCCAGCACAACUCUCAACCCCAGGCAGCUCGGUGUGCAUUCCCCCCUGGACUCGGCUCCUCUGCAUGAAGACGACAUUCGAUUGCUGCUGCUGCAUCCAGAGGGCGCUGACACACACUCGGUGCUUCAAGCCUUCUCUGCGCUGCCUCUCCUUCCGCACGUCUCUGGCGAUCUGGUGGCAUUUAUGCUCGCAUGGCUUGCCGAUCGGGCGGAUAAGAUCUCGGCCAGCGAGGCUGUCAAAGUCGUGCAGAUCUUUAGCCAGUUCCCUGAAGCCACGAGGCGCCCAGCAGUAUCGGUACUUUGGCGAUUCUAUGAAGUGGCUGUGGCCCCCCGGGUCAAGAAUCUCGAUCCGGUCACCCUUGCUGACACGGCUGGCCUUCUUUCGUCUCUACAAGUCCGGCCAACAUGGAUCCUUCGGCAUAUCGGCUCACUUCCCGAAUACCACAUCUCCCGCUCGCUUUUGCCAAGCCGCCAGAUCGAGUUGUUGGGGCACUGCGUCCGCUGGGGCUAUCCCGCAUCCAAUUUGGUCCGAUGUCUGGUUUCCGGGCUACUUGCCAAACCCGAGGAUGUCGAUGAUAUGGAGCUCGUUCAGCUUCUCCGAUCUUGUGGCUCACUUCGACAGUCGCGCAUCAAGGAUAUUGAUCGUUUGGUGGACAUAUGCCUCGAGCGCAACAAGCUGAUACCACUUGCAGUACGCUCGCCAUCGUACCUUGCAAGUCUGGCAUGGGUCUGUGUGUACUUCCCCAACUCGGCGCUUUCUCAGCAGCUCUUGGGCUCCGUUGAUGCUGUCUGUACCAAGAAGGCUGCUGAACUUUCUCCGUCGGACCUCUGCGACUGGCUGGACUCGCUUGCGGCAAGACCAACGCUUCCGGCCGAGAUAGACGAUCGCAUUCUCGAAGAGCUCCUCGAAAGCAAGCGCUUUGCAUUCAACGUCGACCAGCUCUUCCGCUUUGCCUGUCUACUCUCUCGCUUCCCCGAGUCGACUGCAGUCAACCGGAUAUUGUCGAUUCAGCGAAAUCAGCUCAAAGCACUCUCGUCGAGCACCCUCUGCCGGGUCAUGCGGAUCUUGUCCGAGAAGGAUGUGUUGACCGCCGAGCACACAGAAGACUUUGCGAAGCUCAUCUCCGAGCGUGUGGAGGAGCUUCAUAACCGCGAUUUCGUGUGGACUGCGGCGUACUUCUCGACGAGCUACCACGUCUCAAGUGCCUACUCGCUCUUUCGGGCCUUGGCUCGCUCGGCGACCUCGCGUCUGGACGAGCUCGGAUACUCGGAGAUUAUCCGACUCGUCGAGGCUUUCUCGUCAUUUUCGUGCGACUCGCAGCAAUUCUUCAGGGCCGCUCUCACUCGACUGAUGCCGGUCCUUUCGCAUCUGCCGCCACAGCAAGUAAUAUCGCUGCUGUGCUCGCUCGAAGCUGUCAACUUCAAGCCGGCGCUUUUUUUCCGCCAUAUUUCGAGUGCCAUUAUUCGUCGACGGCAUGCCCUUUCGUGCGAGCAGCUCGAGACAGUGGUUCGGGCAUAUUCAAGACUGGGACUCUCGUCGCCACCGCUCUUGAGCUCCAUCGUGCGAACCUAUUUGUCGAUCAACUCAAAUUGGACGGGCUCAAGGAUCAAGAUGCUGAUCAUUGCGUGCACCAACAGCGGCUCGAGUGCCCCGAGACUCUUUAAGAAGCUCGCCCGACUGGCUGAAACACAAUCCGACAGUCUCUCCCGGCGCGACAUGACCAAGAUUGCCCAGUGCUACAGGCGCAUGGGGCUACGUCAUCUAUUGCCGCCGCGGUUUCUGGACACCAAGGAUUCAGCACAGCCAGCCGAAUCUUGGGCAGCCAUCAAGCGCGUUCUCCUCCGUGGGUUUGGCUUCGACACCCGACGGUCGGCGCGCUACCGCCUCAAGCAUGCCAAUGCAUCUGUCAUGGUUCAGCUGCGGUCCAAGAUCUUCCGACAAGACGCACAGAAGGUGCAUAUGCUGCGACAGCAGCUGGAGAGCCUCCGGAAUCGGCGUCGUCAAUCCAGGAAGGCCCAUCUUGUGCUUUCGCGUGGAUGGAAGUUACCGCUCUAUCGCAGGCGACGUGCUGAUUCCGAUAGCGAAGCCAAGCGGAGGCCGAUACCGUUUCCAUCCGAUUUGCUGGGUCCUUCGAAAUGGCGGCGUGAUGGCUCGACAGCGGAGGCUGAUUUGGAAGCGAGAUCAUCAUAUGCUUCAUGACCAAGCCUAGGUAUGAGACUGCUCCCACCGAACACAGGCACCACUUGGCCUGCCGCAUCGCUCAGAAUACAUAUGCCGAUCGCCGCCAAUGACGAUCAGAGUCGACACCUCC